CAUCGGCUCGAUCCUCGACGCCAUACAGGGCUUCCUGGACAUCGUCUCCGCGCCGUACUGGGGCCGCAUCUGGACCUUCCAGGAGUACUACCUCCCCGCAAAGCUGCCCGUGUGCAUGGUCGGGCGCGUGCCGUUCACGCUGCACGCGCUCGUCGACCUAGGCCUGCACUUUGCGGAGAUCCUGCGCCCGUUCAUGGACGAUCUCGACAAGGUGGCCGCGCGCGCGGGCGACGCCGCCGACAUCGAGAACCACCGCAAGCUGCAGGGCCGGCUCAAGGAGGCGACCCAGCGCCUCGCGCAGUCAAACCCCAUGCAGGACUUUGCGCAGGACAUCGCCGCCAGCCGGAAGGGCCUGGCGUCGUUUGGGGAGGUGCUCGAUCUAACCGCCCAGCGCGAGUGCUUCAACCCGCUCGACCGCUUCUACGCGCUGUACUCGAUGGUCGACGGCGUCCAGAAGAAGUACCCCGUCGACUAUGAGUACACGGCGGACGAGGUCGCGUUUCAGAUCACGCUGUGGAUUCUGAUCUACGAGGGGGUCGAUUUCGUGUUCAACCAGUUCCAUUUUUACGACGAGCCUCAUGGGAACGUUGCGGGGUAUCGCAGCCCGUCGUGGGUGCCGAACUAUCGUGAUGCGACGUCGAGGACCAGGUUCAUAUUCAAGGACCUUGACAAGUCGCUCCAGGACUGGGAGCAGAAGGAGCAGAAGGAGCAAAUGACAAACUUGUCGGUGCUGCUGGGCAAGUCCGUGCUGCGGUUCUGGGCCCGGAGGGUGGGAACGACUCGAGUCGUGUUCAAAUUUCCGAGCGAGACAGUGGAAAUCGCCCGUCAGGUUUUACAUGCUGUCAAAGAGCCGCCCGCGGAAUGGGGCAACGGUGUCGACGAGGCGAACAUGGCAGAACGGCUCAUCUGGGCCUUUCUUGCGCAUGGCAGGAUGCAACAGACGUUCCCCGUCAACGACAUCCUCAACGCGCUGGAAGAGCUGUCCAGUUCUGAGGACCCGUCUGACUUGGCCCUAUCGUCGGCGGUUGGGAAACAGCUGCUGCGGAAUUUGCCGCCCCUCGCGGGGAGGACAGUCUUUCAGCUGACAGAUUGUGCGACGGGUGGGUUCGGCGUGGGCAUUGGGAACAUCCGGGAUGGGGACCUGUUGAUUCUGUCAGGUAAGAUGACGAAUCCGAUUGCUUUGCGGGACUCGGGGUUCCGGAACUUCCACACCAACCCAGAUGUGGUGCAUUAUAGGAUGGUUGGGAAUGCGUUUGUCGAAGGCAUUGCGGAGGACCAGAAGGAUCAGCCUACUCCACUGGUUGGUGAGCUCAAGGGAGCGAACUUUGAGGAGUUUUUGAUUUGGUAGUACGGGAAGUUGUAUGAGCUAUGAGCAUCUGUUGGCACUAAUAUAAGACCAUACCGUAAUCGUUUGAGUGCGCCUGGCCGUCUGUCCAGCGGUCGACAAUCUAAGGUGCACCGAUGAAAAUCAAUAAUCAGAGCUCGCUGGAGCUCAGGAUUCCACAAGAUGUUUUCCGGGCGAAGAUCCUGGUGGACAACUCCGAAUCAACAGAUCUUCUUCACUGACCAAGAGAUCGCACGCUGGAUAGUUUCAUCCGGAGUGGUAUGGGCCACGCUCUCGCCGCCCCAGCCCAUCAGAAGCAGAUAGCGGAUCCUUCCCGCGCCGUGGAGGAAGUAGGUU